UGUAAUAACCUUCGCUAACCCCUUUCUAACGAAACUUUCGAUCGGCUUCUCUGACUGCAAAACCGAGAGAUGUAUUACUAAUGACGCAGAAAACAGAAGAAUAUAAAUAGGAGGUGUUGCUCCCUACUAAAGUUCUGUAUACCAAGAAUACAGCCUUUGAAUUAUUGUUAACAGUAUGAGUUCGAAUAACGGUAUUAUCUUGAGAAAGCAUAUUGAUCCUGUCGAAGGAUAUCCCAAAGUUGGAGAACAUUUUGGUUUAGAGGAACGUCCUUUUAAUUUGGAAGCUGCUAAGGUGGAUGAAGAGCAUCCUUUGCUUUUGAGAAACAUUUACACUUCUAUUGACCCUUACAUUCGCAUUCGCAUGCAAAGUCCUCAACGUAAGAGUUAUUUGCCAUCUUUGGAUUUAGGACAGGUGAUUCCAAACUUGACGUUGGCUGAAGUCGUCAAGUCUGCAGUUCCAGAAUACAAGACUGGCUCCCAUGUGGUUUUUAUGAGCGGUUGGGAAGAAUAUACUUUUGUACCCAAAGACGCUAUGAAGAUGGUGCAGCCUAUUUCCAAUCCUUACAAUUUGCCUUUGAUGACCUUUGUGGGUGCUUUAGGAAUGCCCAGUCAGACGGCAUACGUUGGACUUAAACAUGUUGGAAAACCCAAGGCAGGCGAGACUAUCUACAUUUCUGCGGCUUCUGGUGCUGUCGGUCAAGUCGCCGGCCAAUUGGCGAAAUCUAUGGGCUUAUACGUUGUAGGAAGUGCGGGAUCUGACGAGAAAAUCGCCCACUUGAAGGAAUUAGGCUAUGAUGCAGCUUUCAACUAUAAAAAUGAAAGUGUUCAUGAUGCUCUUCCUCGUCUCUGUCCUAAGGGUAUUGACAUUUACUUUGAAAAUGUUGGAGGUGAAACAUUGGAUGCCGUUCUCAUGAAUGCCAACUUUCACGCUCGCAUCAUUUUCUGCGGAGCCAUCAGUCAGUAUAACAAUCCCAAUCCUUAUGGCUUGAAGAAUUAUGCUCAAAUUCUUACGAAGAGUCUUACGAUUGAGGGCUUCAUUGUCAUGAAUUUGAUCCCACUUUACCAAGAGGAAUACUUCCGUGAAAUGCCUAAAUUGAUUGCGGAAGGAAAGCUCAAGUAUAAGUACGACGUUUAUAAGGGCUUGGGUUCGAUUCCUGAAGGCUUGAUUGGUGUCCUUCAAGGAAAGAACUUUGGUAAGGCUCUUGCCAAGAUUGCUGAUGAGUAGAUUUUUAUACUUGCCUUUCCUUUGCUUGGUUACUGUUUAUAGAGUGCUUACGAUUUCUUUUAUGAAUAUUUCUACUAUUUCCAUAAUUCUUUCUCGUUUUUGUUUAGUACAGUAGAAGAGUGUAUUACAAAGAGCUUUGUUCGUAAAUAAUAAGAACUCUUUAGUAUGAU